AUGCCGCCAGCCACCAAAAUCCCCGUCUACCGCAUCGACUUGGCCCUCCCGCCAGAGCAACGAUACGUCCGAGUCGCAAAGGACUUCUCCCACGAGCUGCGGGCCGUCGCGCCUCUUUACGACCUUGUCCUUGCACAGAUCCUGGUCUACCCGCCGAUCAUCCGCGUCGCCCAGUUCCUCGUCCGCCUCUACCUGCGCCGCGUCUUCGACGACGACGAGACCCGCGAGAUCCGCUCGAUUGCUGAAGUCGCCGGUGUCGAGCUGCAUCUGCUCGUCGCCCUCAACACGCUGCUCGACUGCCUGCUCGGAUGCACUUCCGGCACCGUCCCGGUUUGCGGUGGUGGUGAUGAUGGAGAAGCGCGGUUGAUGCAUUUUAGGACCCUGGAUUGGGGCAUGCCGCAGCUUGGCGAUCUGCUCGUGCAGCUUGAUUUUGUUGAUUCGCAGGCACCGGAUCCUGAGCAUGUCUUGGCUAGGUCUAUCACGUAUGCUGGGUUUGUUGGCACUCUGACGGGAGUUAGGCCCGGCUUGUCCCUCUCACUCAACCACCGACCUCUGAUGAACGUGAGGACGAACUCGUCCAUCUUCCACCAAGUCCUCGUUCUUCUCGGCAGACGCCCUUCAAUAUCGUCCAUCCUCCGUCAGGUCUUAUUAAGCCCCAAACUACCAGGUGCGACCGAGGCUCCCGACGGCGGGCUUGUCGCGUUCGCCAAAUCAAUCACCGAGAAGCCGUCGCCUCCCUGCUAUCUCUUAUUCAGCACGCCGACAGAAGCAGUCGUCAUCCAGAAAGACUUCGUCGGUGGCAACAUCAAAAGCACCCGCGACUUCAUCGCCCAAGCGAACCACGAUACCGACCACACGUCGUGCUGCGGGGCUAAAGAGUUCCAUCACCGCCAGAUGGAGUCAGAAGACGCCGCAAUCAUCGCGCAGGAUUGGAUCUCGCAGUCGGCCGAGCGGCAGAACUUUGUCCGCGACAACUGGAGCGCCUUUCGCGAAAGGGCUGGGGAGAGGACCACGACUAAGGACGACUCAUCAACACUCAACGGUUCGUGUAUCGCUUUGGCUGUCGGCAGUCGCCAAGGGCAUGAGGGCAGGACCGGUGUUACUCAGGAGAUGCUGCAGAAGUGGGUGAUGUCGGAGCCUGUCUUCAACGAGUUCACGCAUUUCGCCACAGUCAUGGAUCCGUCGUCUGGGGAUGUGGUGUGUCUCGAGAGAGGCAACGCAUUUUCUCAAACCGCACCACUCCGCACGAGUAACAGCCUCGCGAUGGGCUUCAGCGCCCGCCUCACAUCCCUCCUCUGCACUCUCCUCCACCUCCCCCUCCUCUCCCUCGCACUCCAAGCACAAAUCGAAGUCGACCUCAUCUUCCCGCAACCCAACAAAACCUACAAACCAAUCUACCCCUUCCCCGUCGUCUUCGCCAUCCGCAACGCCUCCCAGCUCUGGCUCCCACACGGCCAAGCCCUCCCCUUCCAGCUCUCCUGGUCCGUCACGGGCUACACCCGCCACGGCCCCAACGGCACCAUCGACGACCGCAAAGCCUUCGGCGAGCAGCUCUGGACAUCCAAGGACACCGACGCCCCAGACCCCGAAAACGACACCGUCAUCUUCGUCGACGCGCCCCGGAACCUCGCCGACAAGACCCAAAGGGACUUCUGGCUCCACUACCACGCGAUCCUCCUCGAGACCUGCGGCGCGGACACGGCGGUCGGGAAGGGCGAGGAUGUAAGGUUCGCCGACGUCGUCUCCUUCAGCGUCGACCCGGACAAUGGCGAGAUCCCGGAUUUUGAAGACACGAUGAUGACUUGCCCGACUUUCAUCGGCAGCUACGCGAUCGAAGACACUUCCAAGAAUUGCGCGGCCAUGGCGCCAAAUGCCAGCGUACCGGCGCCGGAUCCCUGUGGAAUCCGAGGGGAAAGGGGAGACCUGGCGGCGUGGGUGAGGGCGAAGAUGCUGCAGCGCGCUUCGUGCGAGAACGGGACGUGGCCGGACCGGGGCGGGACUUUGGCGCCGGGGGUGUGCAAUGAGGUAGAAAGCCGGGGUGCCAAGGUGUUUGGGGGCGAGAUGUCGGGUAGAUCGGCGGGCUUGGUCGUCUUGGCUUUGUUGGUCGUUCUUGUUAGUUGA